GAUAGUUGAUCUUCCUAUACUCUCUUGGUAACGUGGCGAAGAAUAUUUUAGUGGAGUGCAGUUGUUGACCUUAAAUUAGCUUUUGCUGGGCAUCUUGGUUAUAUAAGACAGUGACAGGUUAAGGAGACAGGCAAUGUGUUGGAGAAGGGUCUUGCGCUCAUGCUGAGUUAAAGGCGUGGAUAGUUGCGUGGACUUCCACUGCGCAGCAGUACUUAGCUCAUAGCUACCUGUAUGAGUGACAGACAGAGGCGUUGCAGAACUGAUCGGCCUGUCGUCUUGGAUAGCCGUUAACCUAAAUAACAGCGUCAUUCCCCAGUGUGGGCUAAGUCUCAUCAAUGAUCACCAGAGAAAAAUAGACGGUGCGAUGUAGCUGUCUCCGUGUUGUGUAAAGGAUAUUGUCUCAGACUGUCGGCUACAUAAUGACGAUGCUAACCAAAAUAUACUCUAUCAUACGUGCUGUUCAGUGGUCGAAGAAGAUGGUGCUUUGAUCAUGUGUUUUACUACAACCCCCGAGUCUUUUCCAUGCGGAUGCCUGUAAAAGGAUACUGGUAUUGCGCCGAUCCUAUUAUCAAGCUGACCUGGCGGACCACCGUCAAAGGUACGGAGAAAUCCUGCUGGGCUCCUUCUCAGGUAAACGCAUUACACCGACUUGUAAAUGGAGAGAAAACCUAAUUCGGCCCUUCAUGAAUGAGAAAUAUCAGCACAUCGUGACCAAGAAAACUCUGCAGUGUCUAUUGGUAAGACGUAUUCUAUGUCUCAUAAAGUUUUAAAGGCAAACUGUGAACAAAGACGUUUCUGGUAAUGGCAUACAUAUAACAGGUGUUGAGUGGACGAGCUAAUGGCUCUUCCCAACAAUGACAUUCUUAUCUCUAUCUAAUGUGAGUCAUAUUGUUUUCAGCGCAAUCCGAUUACAGGGAACUGGUGACUGUGCUAAGUUCAAGGCGAGGCCUGAGUUUAGGUUUAAGAAAAUCUAUGUAGCUCGGAGUUCUAUCACUUUGGUGCGAACUGAACUGGAAGGGAAGGUCGUGACAAGUUCUUCUUGUUUCUUUUAUCGCGCUUUACUUGGAAUCAACCAAACUGACGCCUUUAACAGUAAGCUCGUAAAGACAGCGUGGCUUUGGCGUGUUCAGUGGCUAACAUAUCGACUGACGGAUCGCUCGUGUCUAUGCCACGCUCGCGCUGGCUUAGCACCAUUUCAGUGGAGGCCGAGAAACUUUGUAUCGAUUGCUCUGGGGUAAAUGAACAAACUAGUUGUUCCCGAAGCUUUCACGGGUGUUCUCCGGCUGUCUUUAAAGGGGAGGGCUUGAACGGGUAGAUCACCUGUUUAUGAAGGAAGCCCUGUGGAGACAGAAGGUAGGACCACUUCAGUGAUGAUGAUUUGCUCUGUGACGACGAGGACCUUGGCACCAUGAGUUACCCUUAAGGACGUUAGAUCUCACUGUCACCAUACCAGGGAUGGGUCAAGCGCUACUUAAUGACUGAAAACGACCGUUAGUCAAGGGACAGUGUGGGUACUGUUAACAGUUCUUUGAAAUCCUGUUACCAAUACCUAUAGCACAGAAAAGUAAGUGUAGCUUCGCUACAAAAAUGGCCAACAUGUCUACAUGUCUAGCUAACAGUUCAAACUGCACGGCUGAAACGCCAGACUUGGAUAUUCUGCCAGAUGUGAUGCUUUACAUUCUGGUGGCUUGCUAUGUGCUUACAUGUGUCCUCGGUCUGUUGGGUAACGGGCUGGUCAUAUAUGUGGUGCUCUGCUUCGCUAAAAUGAAAACGGUGACCAACAUGUACGUAUUAAACUUGGCCAUUGCUGACGUCCUGUUUCUCUUCGGUCUGCCAUUCCUCAUCACCACCACGCUGUUAAAAUACUGGACAUUUGGAUUCGCAAUGUGUAAGUUGUUUUUUGUGCUGUAUUCAAUCAAUUGGUUUACCAGUGUUUUCACUCUGACAGUCAUGAGUGCUGACCGCUACCUUGCCGUGUGUUAUCCUGUCAAAUCCGUCAAGUAUCGCACCCCUAACGUUUCCCGAAUUGUCUGUUUCUGCGUAUGGUCCCUAUCCUUCCUCGUUAUGCUGCCUAUAAUGCUGUACGCUACCACCGUGAACAAUCAAAAGAUUGAAGGGAAAAUGACAUGUACUAUCGAGUGGCCUAAAAAUCAGGUAAUACAGAAUGACAAAGCGUUUACCUGGUAUUCAUUGCUUCUGGGUUUUGCAAUACCCGUAGCCCUGAUCUCCGUCUUCUACGUCCUGGUUAUCCUUCGUCUUCGGACCGUGGGGCCUGUCAAGAAGUCCAAGGAGAAGAAGCGGUCGCAUCGUAAGGUAACCCGAAUGGUAUUAACUGUCAUAGCCGUGUAUGUGGUCAGUUGGCUACCCUACUGGUCAUUUCAAGUCCACUUGACCUUGGCUCCGCAGGACUCCGCCAUAUCCGCCUGGAAACUGUACAUGUUUAAUGGUUUCACCGCUUUGAGCUACGCCAAUAGUAUGCUUAACCCCCUGCUCUAUGCUUUUCUUAGUGAUAAUUUUAGAAAAAGUUUCAUGAAAGCCUUUAAGUGUGUAUCGUCGUCGGAGGCAAACAGAACUCUGUACGCCGAGACUAGCAUGUUUCCUCGCCAUAGUCACCAAAACAACAAGUGUUGUCCUCACGAAAGCACAAACAUUACGGAAAGUUUUGAGUUUACAACAAACACCAACACAACAACCGUUGUUCGUUACGACCACGAAAACACUGAUCCGUCCUCAACGUUGUGCAACAAUGAGGAGUGUGGUGAGAAUGGUGGUAUGGACUUUACUGAUGAGGAGGCCGUAUAAUGAACAUCUCAUCUGUCCUUGACCAGACCGGAUGAAGACAUCAAGAACACGAUCUGCCAUACAGAGUUUGGUCAUCACAGCAGGUGCAGCAGUAAAAACACAAUAUACUGUACUGGAUGUGUCUCUCGAAAGAUUAACAACAAGGCCAACAGUAUUGCUAUAUGGUGAAAGCGGAGAUGUGUCAUUGCAUUCGAGAGCAAGUACACAACACAACUCAUUACCACCUACUAUUCUUGGUUGGGACGGAGUAGUCUAAAGACGGACCUAGCGUAUAAUUUGGGGAAAUGUAAAUGUUGGCGAUGAGUGAGCACCUAAACCGGCUGCUCUACAUCUAACAUGGAACUACCGGUGUUCAGACAUUACAACCGGGCGCUGUUACGCAAACAACGUUUCCUGUUCGCUUUAACACUACAAAAUAUCGCAUAAUAAACGCUGGAAGCGUGAUUACAAAACAACCGAAUGUUUCAUGAAGACAAUUCUUGAGACUACAUUUUCUGGGCGAUACCAAAUGUCAUUUCUUCGUAUUUGGAAAUGAAAAGGGAAAUGUAGCUGACA